GUGCCAGGCGUGCCUAGCCGCUGGCGGAGCGGGGCGCGCAGGCGCGUUGCGGGGGGCGGGCGGGCGGCCGGCGGCGGGCGAUGACCGACUACAGCGAGGAGCAGCGCAACGAGGUGGAGGCCCUGCAGUCCAUCUACCCCGACUCCUUCACCGUAUUGUCAGAAAAGCCAACGACCUUCACAAUCACUGUGACAUCUGAAGCAGGUGAAAAUGACGAAACUGUCCAAACAACCCUUAAAUUUACCUAUAGAGAAAAAUAUCCUGAUGAAACUCCACUGUACGAGAUUGUCUCCCAGGAGAAUCUUGAAGAUAAUGAUGUCACAGACAUAAUAAAACUGUUAGAACAACAGGCAGAAGAAAAUUUAGGAAUGGUAAUGAUCUUCACUCUAGUCUCUGCAGUACAGGAGAAAUUAAAUGAAAUAGUGGAUCAAAUAAAAACACGAAGAGAAGAGGAGAAGAAACAGAAAGAAAGAGAAGCAGAAGAAGAAGAGAAACAACGUUUUCAUGGCACUCCUGUUACAAUUGAGAAUUUCCUAAACUGGAAGGCGAAGUUUGAUGCAGAACUCCUAGAAAUAAAAAGGAAAAAAAUGAAAGAAGAGGAACAAGCAGGCAAAAAUAAAUUAAGCGGGAAACAGCUGUUUGAAAUGGAUCACAACCUUGACACAUCUGACAUCCAGUUCUUGGAGGAAGCUGGAAACAGUGUGGAGGUUGAUGAAUCUUUAUUCCAAGAAAUGGAUGAUUUAGAGUUGGAGGAUGAAGAGGAUGACCCUGACUACAACCCUGUUAAUCUAGAUAGCGAUUAGACUUUUUUGUUGAACUGGCUCUGUCAUCAGUAUGGACUUACGUAAGGAGAGAGAGGCAGGCAGAAAAGCCACAGCAUCUGUGGUUGUAGUAGUGUGUAUUGGUUUUCUUUUUUCAAAGAAAAAAUAUUUUAAAUCCAGGAGAACAGUCUUCUGAUGACUUUCAUUAUAAAUAAAUUGACUUUAAUAUUUCAAAUGAGAUUUGAGGCAUAUUGUUCUGUCUGAAAAUACUCUAUUUUCUCUUUCUUUUUUUUUUCCUUUCCACUUCUGUAAGUGUCCUGUGAAGAGACUUGACAAGAAGCAGGACAAAGAUGUCAUAGCAAUCGCUAAACACAUCUACAUGCAAAGGCUGAGCAGCUGUUCUGCUAUCUUCCACCUAGGAUAACGCAUGGGCAAGUUUAGUGAAUAAAAGGGAUCACAUACUAUGCAGGUUUUUUUUUCUUUUGAAAUUUUAUUGCACUGCAAGUAAUGGUCAGUUCUGAUGCCCCAACUUAGUAGCUGAACAGCUACAGAUUGGCAGCACCAGUUACCUUCUAAUAAGGCAUAGCCAUUUCCAUUUUACUAAAAUAAAAUCUUUUGCCAUAGUUGAGGAUAAUAGUUUCAAAAUUACUAGUUCAACUUUGUAGGGGGAGAAAAAUA